CAACUAAACUUGAGAAUAUAGCCUCGAAGUUAAUUUUUCUCCCAAAAAAUCUCUCUCUAGCCUCACCUCCCUACUCCGCCCUCACUGCUACCGUCCGCCACGCAGCCGCCCGCCGUCUCUCUCUUUUCUUCUUCGCAGUCGCACCGUCCUCACCGUCCUCUCUUUCGCCGGCCGCUUCUUCUUUUCCGCUUGUCCGAACCACCGCCCGCAAUCCUUCCGCCAUCCAAACCCUCAAACCCUGGGUUUCACUAUCUUCACGGUUCGGUUCAGUUUCCGUUUCACCUUCAAUUCCUUUCUAAAACCGAACCGUGAAAACCACUAUAUAAGCUUCAAUUUUGAGUAAUUUUAAUGAAGGAGAGGGCUUUCGCCCCUAAAAACCCGAAUGCUUCGCCCCUGCAUCCGUUCCUCCUCCCCUCUCGCCGCCAUUGGAGUUCAAAGCUCAACCCCCAUUCUUAACCUGCCAUGCGUUUUGCUUCAAUUCCCGCCAUUAAUUAUCCUCACCGACUUACCCGGAAACUUCGCUUUUCGGUGAAUUAUUCCACUUCCUGUGCUCUUAGCAGUGUAAAUAUCAUCCAAGACAGCAAUACCCACAAUUGGAAAUACCUCGAUUUGCAGUCACGAAUGCAGAAUUAUGCGGCUUCAGGUGAUCUUCCUGAAGCUUUAGAGACUCUGAAUUUCAUGAAAAAUGUUGCCGGGAAGCCCUCUAUAUAUGAUUACAACGCGUUGUUUCAUAGAUAUUUGAGUUCUGGAAAUGUUUCGUUAGAACAAUUGGUUCAAGUCUAUAUCGGAAUGAAGAAUUUCGGGCCAUCACCAAACAGAACAACUUUCAACAUACUUCUUAAUGGAUUUCUGUCAUUAGGUUACCUGAGAGAUGCAUAUUUCUUUGCAGAAGAGAUGACCAAAAGUGGGAUGAAUCCAUCGUUCACAUCCUUGUCCAAAUUGCUUAAAAGUUCGAUGAAAUCAGGUAAUUUAGUGGAUUCUAUUUGGAUAUUCAAGUUCAUGUUGAGAUUAGAUCAUUUGCCUACUGAACCCACUGUGGCUAUGUUUAUUUGUAUGCUUUGUAAAGCCAGGAUGUUGGAAGAGGCAUACAGGUUUUGUGCUAAACUGAUAUCUAAAAAUCUUAAUUUUCAAGCAUACGUGUUUAAUCCUGUUCUUUGGGCAUUGUGUAAGUGUGGCAAGAGUUCUCUAGCUUUGCAGUUGUUUUAUAUGAUGAAAAAGAAUGGCAUAGCUCAUAAUGUAUGUUCAUAUACUGCUUUGCUUUACGGAUUUGGAAGGGAAUGUUUGUGGGUUGAUCUUUAUAGUUUCUUAGAUCAAAUGAGAAGUGAUGGAUGUAAGCCGAACGUCGUUACUUACACGGUUAUUAUUAAGUUUCUUUGUGAUGAUGGGAGGAUUGUUGAAGCAUUUGAAAUCUUGAAAUCCAUGGAAAUUGAGGGUUGUGAUCCUGACUUAGUAACUUAUAAUAUAAUUAUCCGUGCGCUUUGCCUUUAUGAUAGAGCAUGCGAUGUUCUUGAGCUUUUACAGUUGAUUCAUCGUAGAGGUUUCUCUCCCGAUCCGUAUACAUAUGCUGCUUUGGCUGGAGGGAUUAUGAAGGUAGGAAAGACCAAAAUUGCUUAUGAGUUAUUACGUAAAGUGUUCACGAGAAACUGUACUGUUGACGUUGUUGUGUACAAUAUAUACUUCCAUUGCUUGUGUCGAAAUAAUAGAUCAAGAGAAGCCUUUUCUCUGUUGAAAAGUAUGACAAAAGGAGGUAUUGUUCCAACUACUGUGUCAUAUAAUACAGUUUUAAGGGGCUUUUGUAGAGACAAUGAAAUUCAACAUGCUUUGAAGCUAUUAGAAUGCUUCGAGUGGCCUGAGAGCGGCCCUGAUGUCGUUUCAUUCAAUACGGUUCUCUCUGCUGCAUGCAAACUUGGGGAUUUAGUUCUAAUUCAAAGGGUUUUGCAAUACAUGGAAUGUAAAGGUGUUGAGCCAGAUGUAAGGAGCUUGACUUGUUUGGUUCGAUAUUUGUCUACAGUGGGACGAUAUUCAGAAUGUUGGAGAUUAUUGGAAUACAUGAUAUGUAACGGCCCUGUUCCCUCGAGUGUCACUUUCAAUAUCUUCCUAGACAAGCUUUGCAGAAAUGGAUUUACUAGUAAGGCAUACCAGAUAUUUGAGCGUAUACAAAAAGCUGGGUUAUCGCUUGACCGAAAAACUUAUAAUAUUCUUCUACGUUCCUUUUUAAGAAAGCGUGAUAUCAAUCUGGUGGAAUGUCUUAUUCAGGAUAUGUACAAGCAGAGAUUGGAUCCUGAUCUUUUUAUAUAUGGUUCCAAGAUUAGUGGACUUUGUCAAGAAGGUAACAUUUCUACUGCUCUCUUUACUAGGGAUCGAACUCUAGGGAAUGGACUUACUCCAUCUAUGGAAAUGUGCAAUAGAUCGUUGAAGACCGUUAUGCAUAAAAAUAAGCAUCGGGAUAUGACUUGUCACGGAAUGGUGACGACGUAAUGGCACAAUUCAAUUAUUUGAGUUCUAAAGAAGGAACUUUCAUUGGUUCUGAAUCAUGGUUUAUAUAGCAUGGGAAAAUUUGUUCGAAAUAGAAUUCGAGGGCUUGUGAAUGGCUAUAUGUGUGAAGAAUGAGCUAUUGAUCACAUUCUCAUCCCGUGCACCAACAUCAUGAAAUGCGACGAGUAGUGCCGAAGGACCUUUUCCAUGAAGCUUGCCCUGCUUUUCCUGGUAUUGAACAAACUCAGCACAAUGCCAUUUAUGGUUGAUCACUGGUUGAUGGGUUGCAAAUUAAACCAACGAUGCUCGGAACCUGUCAAUGAUUGAUUCCUAUAGCUGCGCAUGGCAACGGUUCGUCCAAGUCGAUUAGUCCUCGAAUGCAUAAGGGCUCUGCAAAUUUUCUCCUAACCGGACAGCCAUGAGAGGACGACCAGUUAAAUCAACAAGGUUGAGAGGUAUCCAUGGUGGCAGCUUCCAUCUUGAAAAGGUAAUCAAAAUUGAUGGGAAUUACAUACGAGAUUGAAUUUGAAAAUAAAAAUACUAUCGGGAUCAGAUAUUACCAUCCAUGGGUAGGCGUUUUUAGUUGAUUUUUCUCAUUUCAAAGUGAACAUAGCUCGCACGAGCUCGAUCUAUCCAGAAAUUCUAAAUAAUCGUUGAACUCAAAGGGAAUGAAUGAACUUGCAAAAUGCAAUCAUAUAUAUAUAUAUUAUACUAUCCU